AAUCAAUUAUGGAAAGAAGAGAAUUAGAAUACAAGAAGUGGGCAAAUAUAUAAAAGGAAUCUCCGUUUCCCCUGUUCUCGUCCUUCCGACGGUUGACCCUCUGCUUCAGAGAUUAAAUUGCGAGUUUCUUCGGCUUCCUCCACCAUUUCCACAACUUUCCAGCUCCCACAAUGACCCGCGGAAACCAGAGGGAGAAGGACCGAGAGAGGGCCCAAGCUCGCAACACCGCCAAGGGCAAGGGCAAGGAUGAUGGUUUGACCCCCGAGCAGCGCCGUGAGAGGGAUGCGAAGGCGCUGCAAGAGAAGGCGGCGAAGAAGGCGGCUCAGGCGGCAUCGGGAGGUGAUUCGUCCGGAGGUAAAAGUAGCAAUAAGAAAUAAAAUCGCCGUGGGGUUUUGAAUCGUGUGAACUAUGUUGAUUUUUAGUUUGGUUCUUGUUUAACCGCUGAGAUCUCGUGGUUUUGACUGUUUGAUAUUUGGAGAAGUAAUCAAUGUUUGUCUCUCAGUGAUGUGAAUGGAUACGUAUUCAUGCUGUCAACGUUUACUGUUGAUGAUUAUUUCUUUUCUUUCUGUUCA